UUAGUGUACAGUGCCAUCUACUGGUCAACCCCAGCAGUGUCACCUGUCAGUGCCACAUCAAUGCCUACCAGUGCACAUCAAUGCCACAUAUCAGUGCCCAUCUGAGCUGCCUUUCAGUGUCACCUAUCAAUGCCAGUCAGUGCCACCUAUCAAUGCCAGUCAGUUCCACCUAUCAGUGCUGUCAGUCAGUGCCACCUAUCAGUGCCAGUCAGUGCUGCCUAUCAGUGUCAAUCAGUGCUGCCUAUCAUUGCGCAUCAUUGCCCGUCAGUGCUGCCUAUCAGUAGCACCUAUCAGUGCCAGUCAGUGCCACCUAUCAGUGCCUGUCAGUGCUGCCUAUAAAUGCCAUAUAUGAGUGCUGCCUUUCAGUGCCCAUCAGUGA